AUGACCUGUGGCGAGCAAUGGUCUUGUGCACUUUUGCUGUUUGUUAUGGCCUUGGGUGAAGUGACUGUAGUUGCCUCUGAUCCCUCUAUUGCUGUUAUCGACCGGAACACUGUGCUUGCUCAUGUGACGGGGAAUUGGACCGUUACAUGGCUGACUGGCCAGCAAGAGCGACAGACAGGGUUCAUCGUGGAGGUGUCGUCCGCAGCUGUGGUGCUGCGCGAGGAGGCGCCGCUGGAUGCGGCUGUGGCUGUAACCAAAACACUCUUUCGUUUCUUGCGUAUGGCAGAGGGAGGCCAGGACCUCCAUCAUUCGACGUGCGAACUGGACGCAUGGCUUCAGAGUAUUUCUCAAACAGCGGGAAUGCAAGUUUCUGAUGGUGGCAUUCACUUCACGGGCUGCAAUGAGGUCGGUUGGCUACCGCCGCCACAACAUAUAACGGAAACCGCGUUUGGUGUACUGCUCGCAGAGCCGCACGUGGUGUACCUACCUACGAAGAAAGCUUGCGCCUUGGCUCCAUUCGCAGUGCGGGGUUAUUGGGUGGAAAGUCUACAAGAAAAGAAAGCGCUUGCAGUGCUCAUGCUGCACGAAGGCGGAAGAGAUUGCACUGCUACCUUUAAAUUAAGCAAACGGUCCCUUUCAGAGACGAAAACACGGUCUUUACUCGGCCCUGCCGCGUUGCUAGUGUUGGUUGCGCUUAUAAAGUUCCUUCCACGCAUUUACUUGAAAAAGAAAGGGCAGUUCAAGGGUGGUGGUGGUGGGUUUUUGAAUGCAGACAGUCGACCUCGUUUCGAUGCCAGGCGACAGGAGCUGCGCAAACGGCAGGAGGAGAUUAUCCUUCAAAUGAAGAAGCAAGAUGGGUUGCUCCAAAGUGAGGAGAGUUGA